AUGUUGUUAUUGCCAGUUUUCUUUAUUUCUCAUCUCCUCUGUAUAGAUUACCUGGAAAACAGCAGUGUGAAAACACAGAAGAUGUCUAGAAUGAGCUCAAGUCUUUUGAAUACUAACACUAACUCACACUAGAACACUUUCAUUUGGGAAAAAAAGGUUCUGCUAAACUGUGGAAAGCUUAAUACUUUCAUUUGGGAUUUUUUUUUAAGCAGAACGGAAGAGCAAAAGUCGGUCACCCCCUGCUGAGUUCUGUCAACAAAUCUACAUCGCAUAUUCGAAAACCUCCUCACAGACGCAGUUCUUCUCCACUUAACUGGUUUCCUCGAAAGAAGACAGAUUCAUUCCUGAAGAGGAAGAUACAGCUUCUUCAGGUAUCACUUUCCACUCUAUUCACAGAUAUCCUAAAGAGUUCUGCUCAUUUCACGCAUCUUAACUUUCGUUGAAUAUUUCUUUUUUGCGCAGGAAAUGGAAGGCAUGAACUCGUCACUUGAUGAAACUCUCGGUAGUGCUAAUCCUCACUAUACGAGGAUAGCGAGAGAAAAAAUUGCAGCUCAAGAAGCGGCAAAGAAGGCUAUGAAGGCUCGUAAGGCUGCAAUGAUUGAAGCUUCCUGGUGUCGAAUCCUUCAUGCAUCCAGGUCUUCUUCUUCUUCUUCUUCUUCUUCUUCUCCAUCUUUGGUGAACCAUAAUUACAUUGAAUUUUUUAACUAUAUAUAUAUAUAUAUAUUUUCCCCCUUAACAGGAUCCACAGCAAAGAAGCAGAAGUGAAACUGGAGAAAGCAGAGAAAGAUGUAGCGGAAGCUUUGGAGGCGGCGGCAGCAAUGGGUGUGAUGAUGUACGAUAGGCCUGAUUGUCCUCGGAGAUCAUGUGAGAUAGAAACAUCUUCUGUUAUUGGCGGAGUAUCCACCCACACAGUCACUGCUUCCUUUGAGACUGCAUUUGAGGUGGAUAAGGAGGUUGCUGCUGCGGUCAAACAUGCAUUCAUACGCCUGGCGAAUUGCUCAUCCUCUUCUAACAAGGACGAAUUCAGAGAGCUUAUUCAUAAAAUCAGUGAGAACCCGGAUGAAACCGAGACCGAUCAAUCAUCUGAGGCUCCUUUGAAGCACAAACUGGAACCAAUAGCUGACCCUGAAGAUCUCGGUUUCAAUGGUGCAAUGAGCAAACCUGAAAGUAUAUCAAAGCAAGCAAGCCGCCAGAGGCUGUCCCCUUCAGACUCUCUCAAGCACUCUGGGUCGCCGCAGAAUCUCGUCGACAUGAUGUUUAAUCGCCUCAAGUAUCUGUCAGAAGAUGAGAUUGCUUCUCUUGCUGUCAUAGUUGCCACUUGUGGUCUGAAUGCCGCUCUUCUGAAAAUGGAAAACAGCAAAACUAGUGAAGAGAACUUCCAGGAGCAGAUACCCUUGCCAAGAGAUCAAGCGAAGAGAUGUUGCUCCAGUGUGUCAAACUUUAUGGAUGGAUAUAUUAAAAGAAAAAAACCAGAGGCUGAGCUACCCAGUCUGGACAAGUUCCUGGUGAAGCAUGUCUCGAGGCUUGAGAAGGAGGUCCAAGAGGCCAAGAUGUCAAAGAAGACAGCUGAAGUGGCUAAAAACCAGAUUCCAGAAACUGGUUUGACUCAUCCGGAUCUGGGGAGCAUCCUAGUGAAGCAUGUGUCGAGGCUUGAAAGAGACAUCCAAUCAUUCAAGAACUCCUCCAAGAACAACUCGCUGGUUGGAAAUGGGGAAGGCCAAAAGAUAUCUGGGCAGCCGAGAGCAGAGUUAGAUGAGAAAGAAAAUGUGGAUAUGAACAGAGUGGAGAGAGAGAGAAUAGGAACUUUGGAGGGAGAUGAAGCUGAUGUGACGCAUAGAAGCAGCCUAAGAGCCAAGAACAUAUCUUCAGAAGGCUUAGAUAAGGUCCUCGUUAAGCAUAUUACCAGGCCUGAAAGAGAAAAAAUAGCAUCCCUUGCUAAAGAAGAGGGGGUCUCAACCGCAAGGAGGAGGGAGCAGCCAGAAUUGUGCACUGAGAGCCUUGACCAAAUCUUAGUCGACCAUCGAUCUGAGCUUGAAACGGUUGACAUGGGAGCUCUCCAGGGUCGAAGCUUACAUGGGGUGGAAGUCAACGGGAUAAAGGAUCAGCAGCAGGAGAUUCCCAGUGAGAGCUUGGAUCAGAUCUUGACCAAGCAUCAAUCCAUGCUCGAUAACACCAAGCUGCAAGCUGCUGCAGAUAUUGAGGAGACCCGCACCAAGGGUCUGGAUCAGAUCUUGGUCAAGCAUCAAUCUAAGCUCGAGAAGGCCAAAUUGGCUGCCAAGCAAGAUUGGUCAUUUCCCACAAUGAUAAAGUCAAACAGGGAUCAUAACUCGGAAGUGGGCCCCAGUCUGGAUCAGAUCCUGGUCAAGCACCAAUCUAAGGUUGAGAAGGCUAAGUUGGCUGCCGACCAAGAUUGGUCAUUUCCCACUAUGACAAAGUCAAACAAGGAUCAGAACUCGGAGGUGGGCCCCAGUCUGGAUCAGACCCUGGUCAAGCAUCAAUUUAAAAAUGAGAAUGCGAAGUCAUCAACCAUCCAAAAGUCACCUGAUCAGGUCAAACCCGUGAACACUUGGCGGAAGGUGAGGGACCAGAAGCUGCAGGAAGCAUGGGGAGGUUUGAGCUUGGGAAAUUCACUCAAGCCCCACCUGUCAAGACUCGAGAGGGAGAAGGUGAGGAGUUUCCACCUUGAAAACUUCUUCUGCCCCUCAUUUUAUUUUUCCAGUUGACUUUAGCAUUUGACCGUGACACAAUUCUCACUCUGGCCUUUGGUCUCCCUUCUUCCUUCCUGGUUGCAGGCUGCUUGGAAGAGGGCAGAAGAGGAGGAGCUGAGGAGGGCAAGAGCACUCUAA